AUGGUUGCACUGGUAUCCAUCGAGAUAGCUCAGUUAUCGAGCAAGGACAUCGGCAUUGGUCUGUUGCCAUUCAGCUACGUGGGCUUCGUUGCAGUCUUGGCGAAUAGAUUGCAAUGGAAGACGAGGAUGGCGCGCAUAGAGAAUGCGAUAUUCUGGGUACUGAUGGGCAUCGUCUUGACACUGAAGGUCGCCGCGACAGUCAUUGAAAGUGAUAGUCCUCCGGAAGGCAGUGGCGAGGGCUCGAGGAUAUACCCGGGAGGCAAUGGCAUCGUCGUUAUCAGCGUGAUGGUGGGAUUUUCUUUUGCGCUGGCUGUACUGGAGUUUGCGGGUUGGACUGGGCUUGGGCGCGAAACAUGGUCUUCCGCCGAGAUGGGAAAGCGUAAGGUUGGUGCGCUCGAGAAGGUUGAGGCUGACUUGGCCAACCUACAACACAAAGUCCGCCGCGAUCCAAGCUCGUACGAGGACGACUUCCGCCGCCAGUACAACCAAUAUGAGGUCUUUCGCGACGUCUUUAUGCAGGAUCCCACGUCGCGUGACGAGAACGGGCUGGUCUCCUUGCGCGAUCACGUCGACUUCGUCUCGCACUGCGCCGACUGCUACCCAAAGCUGACCGCUACCCUUCCCGAUGAUCUGACCAACCUCCUCACCACGCAUCACGCUGUUCUGGAGACUGAGCUGCGGGACAAGCUUGUUGGAAGCCUGGUGCUCCUCCGGAACAAAGAUGUAAUCGACUCACCACGUUUGCUUAACACUCUCUUUCCCAUCCUCGUUUCCACUCCCAGCAAGACCUUCCGCAGCCUGCUCUUCUCGAAGAUCCUUUCUGACCUGCGCUCGUCCAACGCGAAAUCCACGAACCAUCGCCUGAAUAGAACGAUGCAGACUGUUCUUUUCAACCUCCUCACAUCCGACCGUGCUUCUCCGAAGGGCUUGUGGGCUGUGAAGAUCACACGCGAGCUCUGGAAAAGGCAAAUUUGGACAGACGCCAAGGCGGUCGAGAUCAUGAAGGAGGCUUCCCUGUCGGAGAACGAGAAGGUCAUCAUCGGCGGCGUCCGCUUUUUUCUGGGCGGCGACAAGGAGCGCGAAGAAGCGGCAGAGGAUGAGAGUAGCGACGAGGAUAUUAACAUGGGAAAAUUGAAGCACCAGAUCGGAAUUAACAAGAAGACGAAAAAGAAGGACAGGGAACUUAAAAAGGCUGCAGCCAUGGUGAAAAAGAAAGAGCGCAAGAAGAAGGCUCCUCACCCACUUAACUUUUCCGCGCUGCACCUUUUACAUGACCCGCAAGGUUUUGCCGAGGCGCUGUUCAACAGACAUCUUCAGAACUCGAAAUCGAAGUUGAAUCUGGAGCAAAAGCUUCUCGUCCUCAACCUUGUCACUCGUCUUGUAGGCCUGCAUCAGUUGACCAUCAUCAGCCUUUACUCUUACUUCCUGAAAUUCCUCACUCCAAAGCAACCCUCGGUCACAUCAUUCCUCGCCGCCCUUGCUCAAGCGACCCAUUCGUUAGUGCCGCCCGACGCGCUGGAGCCCCUUGUCACCAAGAUCGCAAACGAAUUCGUUUCCGAGGCAGCGGCAGCAGAAGUCGCCUCGGCAGGCCUAAACGCGAUCCGUGAAAUCUGCGUGCGCCAACCUCUCGCAAUGAAUGACACUCUACUGCAAGACUUGGUCAUGUACCGUAAAAGCAAGGACAAAGGCGUCAUGAUGGCAGCCAAGGGUCUUCUGAGCCUUUACCGAGAAGUUGGUGCAGAGAUGCUUAAGAAACGGGACCGUGGCAAGGAAGCUGCAAUGGGCUUGCGGUCUGGUGAACGUAAGGAGAGGCGGUACGGUGAGGUUGAAGUUGGGGGAGGCAUUGAGGGAUUGGAGCUCCUCGAGAAGUGGAAGGAAGAGGAGCGACGAAAGAAGAGAAUCGAGAAGGGACUUGAUCCGGACGGUCCCGAUGACGAGAAUGAGGCUGAGGAUGAAGAUUGGAACAACUGGGAGGUCGAGUCGGAUACGGAUAGCGACGACUCUGGUGGCUGGAUAAACGUUGAGCAGGACGGCGAGGACAUCGUAAUCAGCGACAGCGAAGACGAGAAGCCGCCGGCGAAGAAGGCGAAGAAGGAAUCCGAUGCAGAGGAGAGUGCUGCAAAGGAUCCUGAGGCCGAGGCAAGGGCAGCAAAGGAGAAGGAAGAGGCCGCAUUGAAGCUCGCGACAACGCGCAUCUUGACGCCAGCCGAUUUGCAGAAACUCCAGGAGCUGCGGUUGCAAGCUCAGGUCAACUCCCACCUCCCAGCGCACCGCCGCGCAAAUGCUGCAGCGAAACACUCGGACGAUCCGCUAACGGCCGAGGAAAUCGAAGGCCUCGCAAUGCUGUCGCAUCGGCAGACGAAGGAGGAAAAGAUUGCCAGGGCUAGGGCCGACAAGCCAGACAAGCACCAGUCGACAACGGCAAAACGCAAGGAGAAGAAGGCUGCAGAGGGCAAGAGUACGACGAACAAGGAGAAGCAACGGCAGAAGAACUUCAUGAUGACGCUUGGCAAGGCCAAGACGAAAAACAAGCGCAGCCUUACGGAUGUCCGCAAAAGCCUCAAGGGACACCUGGAUAGACAGAAGCGCGGCGGCAAGCGGGGCAACUACUCAUGA